AUGAAGGUCUCGACCUUGGCAACGGCAAUAUUCUGUGGCAGCGUUGGGGCCCGCCUUACAGAAAAUGAUGCCUUGGCUGCUGAAGCACUCGCAAAACUUAGGUCUAACGUGGCUCAAAAUGACUACCCAGACGCACAAAAAUGUACAUUAGACAAUGUUGCCGUCCGACAAGAAUGGCAACCCGACUUAUACAAUUUCAGGUCGACUUUAUCGGAGAUUCAGAAACUCAACUACAUUGAUGCGGUCAAAUGCCUGGGCAAGAAGCCAGCGAAGACCCCAACAGCGAUAGCAUCAGGUGCGAAGAGCCGAUUCGACGACUUCAUCGUCACCCACAUUCAACAAACGAUGAGCAUCCAUGGAACAGGGAAUUUCCUCAGCUGGCAUCGCUACUACAUCUGGGUCUACGAACAAGCUCUUCGCGACGAGUGUGGCUAUAAAGGCUAUCUUCCGUACAAUAAUUGGUCGAAAUGGGCGAAGGAUCCGCUCUCUUCCCCUCUCUUUGAUGGCAGUGAGACAAGUAUCUCAGGCGACGGCGAAUAUGUUGCUGGACGAGGGUCAUGGUGCAUUCCCAGCGAAGCGCGCUGCAUGGUUACUUUCCAUUCAGCAAAUGGCGGAGGCUGCAUCAAGUCUGGACCGUUCAAAGAUUGGAAGAUCAACUUAGGUCCUAUCCAAACGACGGUGAAAGACGCCCCACCGAACCCGCAAGCCGAUGGCCUCGGCUACAAUCCUCGCUGCCUGAGUCGCGAUAUCAAUACCCAGGCUUCCAACGAGACUAGAGAUGAAAUGGUCGUAAAUCUUAUCAAGAACUACCCUGAUAUUCUCAGCUUCCAGAACAAGAUGCAGAACUUCACUCUUGGGGUAAUGGGCGUUCAUAACGGAGGACAUUACACGAUCGGUGGUGACUCUGGAAUGGAUAUGUUCAACUCGCCAGCAGACCCAGCCUUCUACUUCCACCACGGCAUGAUUGAUCGCGUCUGGUGGACGUGGCAGAAUCUCGACUUGGAAAGCAGACAGAACAGUGUCGCGGGUACUAUGACUUUUCUGAACAACCCGCCAAGCCGCAAUGCUACUCUCGACGACGUGCUGAGCGUGGGGUAUGUGGGUCAACCGAAUAUAACCAUCAAAGAUGCUAUGAGCACGAUUGCUGGGCCGUUCUGCUACGUGUACGCUUAGUUCAGAUGAUCAGUAGUAUUAAAGAACAGGUUCAUGUUUCACAACUGCUUGUACAGCACUAAGGAUGCUAUGUCGCACUACGCUUCGCAUGUCAUUGAUGCAAGAAAGUGAUGUAUUGCGCAGCCCCAUCGUCCAGCCCACACAACUCGUUGAAGUUCCCGGCUUCCUCUCCCUUCUUCUUUGUUCUCGCAGCGAAAUCUGCCAAUGGACAACUCUUCCCGGGACCACUGUCGCAGCCCGGUAUAGCGGUAAUGCCAUCGUUGAU